AAGCAGUGAGGAAGAACAGCAGCGAGCAGUGAGCGGUGGGCGGGCUGCUCAGCCUGGACUGAGGAGGAGAGCGGGGACGUUUCAGACGUGUUGUUGUGGUGCUGCUUGCACGGCCCAGUGGCAGCAGGACGGUCGCCAUCUCUGAGUAAACACCGUGCAGCCGUAUCACGCAGCUGGUACUGUAGUGAGUGUGUGUGGAAGUGAAGCCGGAGCGUACAGCGGCGGCGGCAGGCGCGGUGCUAUGCUGCCUGCAACAAGCACAGCGGACACACACGACUUGAACGCAGGACUGACGCGUUGUUUGUCUCCCGCACAUCAUCAUCAUCAUCAUCAUCAUCAUCAUCGGACCGUCUCCUCACAUGUUGGACGCGCUUCAUCGUCUUCUUCUUUUCGCUGACAUUUCGUCUUUUUUGUUUGGUUUUUGGAAGCUCCGCGGGAAUGGGACUGCAUGCUUCAAAUGAAAUGGGAUUUUAAUGCUGCGCGCACACGGCGGACGCUCUGUGUGUCUGUGUACAGACUGUAGUACGCUUUGGUAAUGUUUGCCAAGGAAUAAUAAUAACAAAAAACGGUGUAGCCGAAGGUGCACACAACAUCUCGUUUCCAUGGACAACACGUCCAUAAUAACACAGGUUGCAAAUCCGAAAGAGGAGGAGAGCAUUUCUUCAAGUCAAGAUAAAGUCUCCCAGUCCAACAGCAGCCUAAAGAAGCACCGGAGCCGGAGCAUUUUCAGCCCCUUCUUCUGCUGCUUCCGCAACUACAAUGACUACCAUGUGGAACCACCGUCCGCCAACAACAAGACACUUUCUCUGCCCCCGCCACCAGAAGAGAAUGGCAGUCCUCCCAAGUGUGACCAGGUCCAGGUCAUCCCCAUGCCCAGUCCACCAGCCAAGUUCCUCCUGCCAGAGGUCAGUAUAGCAGACUACGGCAAGAACUGUGUGGUGAUUGACCUGGACGAAACCCUCGUACACAGCUCCUUCAAGCCCAUCAGCAAUGCAGACUUCAUUGUUCCAGUGGAGAUUGAUGGGACUGUUCAUCAGGUGUACGUGCUGAAGAGGCCCCAUGUGGACGAGUUCCUCCAGAAGAUGGGGGAGCUCUUCGAAUGCGUCCUCUUCACGGCGAGCUUAGCCAAGUAUGCUGACCCUGUAGCAGACCUGCUGGACCAGUGGGGGGUAUUUCGCACCCGGCUCUUCAGGGAAUCCUGUGUUUUCCACAGAGGAAACUAUGUCAAAGACCUCAGCCGACUGGGCCGAGAGCUCAGUAAAGUCAUCAUCAUAGACAACUCACCUGCCUCCUACAUCUUCCACCCUGAGAAUGCAGUCCCAGUGCAGUCCUGGUUUGAUGACAUGACGGACACGGAGCUGCUGGACCUGAUUCCUCUCUUCGAGGACCUCAGUAAAGAGGAGGAUGUUUACAGUCAGUUACAGAGCCUGAGGAACAGGUAGCACACAGUGGCUCCAGCUGGCUCCUUCCUUCACAGAGGUUUCACCUCGCUGCCAGGGCCCCUGCAGCCCAGAUCCCAUCCUCCAACCGGUACUGAGGUCCCAGCAUGGCCCCCAGUGUGAGGACUUCAGGCAGUAAUCAAAUCUGGAGACAACAACUGUGUGGAUUCUUACCGCCUUUGCAUUCUUGGACUCUGUACAGGACUCCUACUGACAAAUGAUCAUAUUACUGUAUGUACAUACUAUAUGUUUCUAAGAGCAAGACAUACAUAAAGUAAUUUUUCUAUCAGAGAGAGGAGGUUUUACUAUUCUAUCAAGUAAUAUUUUAGUUACCAAAAAUAAUCAAAUAGACAGAAUGCUGAGUUUUUCUGUUUCUUUCUCAAGAAAUGGGUGACCUUUUGAUUUUUUGGGGUUUUUUUGUGUGUGUGCGUGUUGAGCUGUGCUAUGCAGGCUGUUGUUUCUCGUCUGACCUUUCGUUCAAACAACUGUGAUUUAUCUUCUCUUACAGAAUGAAGUGCCUUCAUUACUGUGCUGAUUUGGUUGUGUUAGGAUUAUGGGGUGCACUUUUUUGUGCUGCAUAUUAACUCAAAUCUCCAGAAAACACACAAACUGAAUCCUUAAAUUGAGGUUGGAAACAAGUCUUUGCUAAUUGUCAUGUAAUCUGAGAAAACAGAAAAUAAUAACUUCUAGAAAUGUGUUCAGCUAGCCUGUUAGACCUUAAUGAUUCUUUGCUUUUGAGUUUAGUGACAUUGAAUUGUUAAAUUUGCAAUUCAAUGUGAUUUGUGGCUGAAUGAUGUCAUUUGACUGUAAAUUGAUAAUCCUUAAUGACACUGAAACCCCACUUUAUUAUUGAGAAAAAAGUACUUUUGUGAGGCCAUCACCGUCCACAAAUAAAUGUUAAACUUUUGAGGAAAAUAUAAUAAUUAGCUUAGAUUACAUGAAAUUCUAUUUAUUGGGGAAAAGUGGGUUGGGUGCAUUGUAGAGACUGCUGUUGAAAUCGUACUGUACAACAUAAUUAAAGUUGCAAGUUUGCACACUGUCA